UCCGAAUAAGGAUUUCAGCGUCCACCUUUUUCAUCACUCAACCUGCAGCGUGUAUCUUCAACCUGUCUAUAAUACCCCUCGCUCUUCCUGACUUUCACUUUGGAGCUUCAUACUCUGGAGACCUGCAGAUGUCCACAACCUGGCGCUGAAGCGGGCGCUUGCCAGCAGCCCAGAUGCGUUCGAGAUUCUUCGCCAUCGUGAUAACGUUGCUAUCUGAGGCGAUCAUGAUGGGGUCUGGUGGUGUGUACAAGCAAAAUGCUCACAGGGACGUUUCUGAGGAUUGCCGAAGUUGUCUGGAGUGCUCGCAUGACAACGGCUGCGUUCGAUGCCCCGAUCGUCUUUUCCUGUUCCUGCAGCGUGAUGGGAUGUCCCACCACGGAAUAUGUCUUCACGCGUGUCCUACAGGACACUACGGACAGCGAGGGAAGGACAUCAACCGCUGCAUGAAGUGCCGCUCCAUGUUCUGUGAGCAGUGCUUCAGUCGGGACUUCUGCACCAAGUGUAAACCAGGAUUCCAGCUCUACAAAGGAAAAUGCCUGCUCCACUGCCCGGGCGGGACAUUCACCCACCAGAGUGACUGUUUCGAAAACUGUCUCCUGGCUCCACUGGGCGAGUGGAGCGAAUGGAGCACCUGUCAGCGUGACAGCCUCACUUGUGGGUUCAGGUGGGGGAAGCAAACCAGAACCAGGGGCCCUGGCCACUCCGUCAGGAGACUGGAAGGGUCUUACUGCCCAUCCCAAAGCGAGACACAGCGAUGCAGGAUGAAGAAAAAAUGUCCUUCAGAGAGACGACGGACCAAAAAGCCGGGACUUGGGAGGAAACGAGAGAGAAAGCGACUGCGGAUGCUCAACAGCACCACGGCCGGAAACUACACGAGCUGGACGACGACCCCUGCAGGAGGACAGGACGAAUUGCUCGCAAGCGCCCCUGGAUCCGAAGCUUGAACGAGGCUGCUCCACUGACAAGACUUAAUAUUGCCGUCACACUCGCCAUCAAACAACAAAGACAACAAUAAACACGCAGCCAAUUCAAAGUAGUUUAACUGAGCGCUCAUAAGUAUCGUUGGUUUUGGUCUGCUCUUCAGUUGAGGAAUCAUUGGGUAAUGGCAUUAUAUAUAUAUAUAUAUAUAUAUAUAUAUAUAUAUAUAUAUAUAUAUAUAUAUAUAUAUAUAUAUA